AUCCCUUCGGCCUUUCCUUGCUGUUGUCCAGCUUUGAGCGCUUUAUUUGAACAUCACCGGCCGGUCUGUCUACUGCAGUCCGCUUUCAUAUCGAAACGCGACUUUUCUUGCCGUGCCAUCGAGCUGUCGUCAGGCCCGUAAUUUCCUUUCGCUGCGAAAGCAUCUCUUAGGGCAUCAAAGUCAACCGAAAUAGCUCGUCGAGCAUUAUCUUCAGCAAUGUCUGAGUCGAAUCCCUCUGCUAGCCUCCCACCCCCUCCCUCGACCGGAGCGCCGGGCUACGACAACAAUGCCCCUCCGGGUACGGUGCCGGGCAAUGGACAAGGUGGGAAUUCGCAUAUGCCCCCGCCGGCUCUUGCCCCGGUCAUCAUCCCGCAGAACACCAAUCCGAUCCCUACCGCGAUCAGCUCCCCGAUGUCCGGGAACGUCAUGUCCCCUGCCAGCGCCGGUGGCUACGUCCGCCGCGCGGCUCCGGAGCCCAACAAGCGUGCGCUAUACGUCGGUGGUCUCGACCCGCGUGUGACCGAGGAAGUCCUUCGUCAGAUCUUCGAGACGGCUGGUCACGUUCAAAGCGUCAAGAUCAUCCCGGACAAGAACUAUCAAUCCAAGGGGUUCAACUAUGGGUUUAUCGAAUUCGACGACCCGGGCGCGGCAGAACGUUCCAUGCAAACUCUCAACGGUCGUCGCAUCCAUCAAUCGGAAAUUCGCGUCAACUGGGCCUAUCAAUCGAACAGCUCCAACAAGGAAGAUACGUCGAGCCACUUCCACAUUUUCGUCGGCGAUUUGUCCAAUGAGGUCAAUGAUGAGAUUCUAACCCAAGCCUUCUCGGCGUUUGGGAACGUUUCCGAAGCCCGUGUCAUGUGGGACAUGAAAACCGGCCGCUCUCGUGGCUAUGGUUUCGUCGCUUUCCGCGAUCGUUCCGAUGCGGACAAGGCUCUCAACUCGAUGGACGGGGAGUGGCUUGGUUCCCGCGCGAUUCGCUGCAACUGGGCGAAUCAAAAAGGCCAGCCGUCCAUGUCCCAACAGCAGGCGAUGGCUUCGAUGGGGAUGACGCCAACCACUCCUUAUGGACAUCAUCAUUUCCCAACGAACGGCAUGCAAAGCUACGAAAUGAUCGUUCAGCAGACUCCUCAAUGGCAGACCACGUGCUACGUCGGCAAUCUGACUCCGUACACUUCUCAGCAGGAUCUCGUUCCCUUGUUUCAGAAUUUUGGAUACGUAGUCGAGACUCGCUUCCAGUCCGAUCGUGGCUUCGCUUUCAUCAAGAUGGAUACCCAUGAGAAUGCAGCAAUGGCUAUCUGCCAGCUCAACGGGUAUCAAGUGAACGGCAGGCCCCUCAAGUGCAGCUGGGGCAAAGAUCGUCCUCCUACCGGACAGUUUGAAACCUAUUCGCCUGCGCAAGGCCCCAACUCGGCAUUCCCGCAGACCCCCAGUGCGUACUUCCCCCAGUACGGCGGUCCACCCGGCCCGAUGUCUCCUCAAGGUACAUACAACUCUCAUUACCCGCCACCUCCUUCCAAGUCUCAUUGCGCUGCUUCUCCACCUGCGUCCCACUAUCAUCCAGACGGUCGGCAAUCAUCCCCUGGUCGAAACGGAGGGCCCCGUAUGGAUUCCGCAGGAUCGUCAGAGGGACGUUCCUCUCGAAAUCAGCACGGUCAGCAGUAUUCGCAUGCAUCUGAGGACACAGAGAUGCAGGAUUGCUCAACUGAUCCAGGGUACAAUGGGGAUGCAGUAACCCUCUGUUCGAAAACUAGCGAUGGUUGCCAGGAUGAGUUCUAUGAACCCGACUACCCAGUCCAGGCCGGGCACCAAGGUAACCGAACGCAUCAUACACUUCCCAGGAAACCCAAGGCACACCCUGGCGCUUCGGAUGACACACCCUCCCCCCCAUCCCAAAAUGAGUAUCAGCCGAGGAAGCGCAAGUGGACUGGCCAAGGUGAAUUCCACCCAUAUCAGAGGAAACCCUACAACAGGCCACACGGCAACGGCAACCAGAGGCGCUAUUCAUCAUCCCCAUCUGCUCCCUAUGCCAAUCCUGGACAUCACAGAGUCACUAAAUGCCGCACCUGGACCCCUCCGCAUUCGGCAUCCCUUUAGUCUCGGGUCCUAAUCCGGCUGGCCAACCUUUCCAGCAAGGCCAAGCUGGAUUCUCUCCACCAGCCAUGGGCCAACCGUACCCUCAGAUGCCAGCGAGC